UCAUUACUUAAGAGAACCUCUUCAGAUCGGCAGCAGUGUGUGCGGUAGAAGGGGGGGACCACAGUUUCUUUCUUGCAGAUUAUUUAAAACGUAGCCUAAUAAUUUAUUUUUCUUAUCAUGAAGGAACUCACCUUUGACGCCAUGUUGCUGUCUUUUGCACAUUUAUGUUUCCUGUGCGUUUUUGUGGAGCGGGCGCACACUCAGGAGGCUGCAGGUGAUGCGCUCCGGCGGGGGUUGACAUGGCAACAUAACGGGCAGGUUUUUAGCAUCCUGAGCCGCGGCUCUCAAUACCGGCCGUCCGGCAGGAGGCAAGCUGCAUCACCCGACCGCAGUAACCCUGUGGUGGUCGUCAGCAGCGGUAACGACACGGCCCCCGCCGAGUCCCGGGGCUCCCCUCGGGUCCCCGCCGCCAGCAGCGCUGCGCAAUUGCGCGCCAUGACGCGCCAGCAGCAGCGUCCCGCCGGAGGCGACGGAGAAUCUGCCCCGGUCCGACGGGAAGACAUGAUGGUCGGAGAUGAUCCUUACGACCCGUACAAGGCUUCUAACUAUUAUCCCUAUUACAACUACUACAACUCGUACUUCAGACCCAGACCCAGGGCUCAGCCCCGGCACGGAUACGGCACCAGCUACCACCAGAACGGUCUUCCUGAUCUGGUUCCUGACCCGUACUACAUCCAGAUCGCCUCCUACAUCCAGAGAUUACCCAUGUACAACCUCCGCUGUGCUGCUGAGGAGAACUGCCUCGCCUCUUCCUCCACUUAUUCUCAAGAUUAUGACACCAGAGUCCUGUUGAGGUUCCCUCAGAGGGUGAAGAACCAGGGAACAGCAGACUUCCUGCCCAGUAAACCUCGAUACGCCUGGGAGUGGCACAGCUGUCAUAAUCACUUCCACAGCAUGGACGAGUUCAGCCUGUACGAGCUGCUCGACAGCCAGACUCAGAGGCAGGUGGCUGAGGGUCACAAGGCAAGCUUCUGUCUGGAGGACACUUCCUGUGACCCGGGAUACUACCGCCGCUUCGCCUGCACCUCACACACGCAGGGCUUGAGUCCAGGUUGUUAUGACACCUACAACGCUGACAUUGACUGUCAGUGGAUUGACAUCACUGACGUCUCUCCUGGAAGAUACAUCCUCAAGGUGACAGUAAAUCCCAGGCAGCAGGUUCCAGAGUCCAACUUUAACAACAACAUCGUUCGUUGUGACGUCCAGUACACCGGCACCGCCGCUCACGUCUCUGGCUGCACCAUGACAGGCUACUGAGAUGACCUAUGCCAUAUGAGCUUGAAAAGAAGAGGACUGAAGAUUAAAGUUUCAUGUGAUUUAAAUAAUUUAGUCAUAACCAGAUUAAAACAGAAACGGAUUAUUGAAACUGUCAUAAAACAUCCUAACCGGGUUAUUUCAAGUCAACAUGAAGCCUGUUGCCAGUGGAAGUAUAAACUAAUUAACUGAGCUGGUUAAUUUAUACAUUUGUCAGAUUACUGAGACAGGUGUUCUUGUUGGUAAGAAUGCACCGGCAGCCAGUACAUUUACUCCAUUUCUGGUAUUUCAGAUUUUUGGGAUUGGGUUGCAGAAGUUGUUUGUAAAUCCAUUAGGCCUACUUAGUUGUGCUUUUCAAGAUCUUAAUAACUAUGGACUAGUUUAAAAUGAGUGAUUCAGGCCAUGAGGUUGCACUAGUAAAAAAAAAUAAAUAAAUAAAAAAUCUAGUAACAACUUUGUUUAUUUA